AUGAAAUCAACCCUGGUGGCGCUCUUCGUUUUCGCUAUUUUGACCGAAGUGGAAGCUCAGAAAACAAAAUUUUGCAAUAUCAAAGUGCUGAAAAGGGUGUUCACGGAUCUCUAUCCGGUGAAACUGGCUGGCUAUGACGGGAACAUUGUCCCUCACGGUUCAGAGUUCGUCACCAGAUGUCUGAAGGAAAACGGACUUGUUCGUAGAAACUGGACCAGCUAUGAGUGCAUCGAUGGGAAAUGGAAGCCUGAUGUACCGCGUAAUCUUGACUGUUGGAUAGCGGAUAAUUAA